AUGGCUGGCUACCCUGCGAUUAUUCCCAGGGGAGAUGAGCCGAUCACCUCAGCAUCCGACAGUGUUAGCGUCAGCCAGUUCCCGACAUUGACAAGGUAUGUCAUGGCCAAGACGCACGACAACGAACUCGCGAUCUUGCUCAUGGCCCUGCAGUUGGCCUGCAAAGCCACCUCGCGAGCCUGCAACAAGGCAGGUAUCGCCAUGCUUUUCGGCCUUGCGGGCGAGGUAAACUCGACAGGCGAUGACCAGAAGAAGUUGGAUGUGCUGUCCAACGAGAUUUUCAUCGAUGCGCUGACGAAUUGCGGCGCGUGUUCUAUCCUCGUCUCCGAAGAGAAUGAGGAGCCGAUCUUCGUUCCCCAGGACAAGGCGGGGCGAUUCGUGGUGGCAUUCGACCCGCUGGACGGCAGCAGCAACAUCGACUGCAACGUGAGUACAGGAACCAUCUUCGCCGUUUACGAGAAGACCUCGGACAAGCCUGCAACAGUCGACGACAUUCUCCGAACUGGCAACGACAUCAUGGUCGCUGGUUAUUGCAUGUACGGAGCAGCGACUGAGCUUGUCAUCACUUUCAAAGGGCACGGAGUCCAUCGAUUCACUCUUGACCCGUCCUUGGGCGAGUUCGUGCACAUUCAGGCCCACAUCAAGAUGCCCGAGGGCGGUGGCAAGAAGAUCUACAGUUGCAACGAGGGCAACAGCCGGAACUGGGAUGCCGCCAUCAAGUCUAUCGUGGCGAAAUGGAAGGACAGCGACAAGCCCUACGCGGCCCGUUAUGUUGGCUCUAUGGUUUCCGAUGUUCACCGUACGAUCCUCUACGGCGGCAUCUACCUCUACCCAGCAGAUGCGAAGUCGGCUCAGGGAAAGCUCCGGGUACUCUAUGAGGGAUUUCCCAUGGCCUUCAUCAUGGAGCAAGCAGGAGGAGCUGCCUCGUGCGGACUUUUCAAAGGCAAGCUUCAGAGACUUCUGGACAUCGUGCCCAAGUCUAUCCACGAGAAGUGCCCAGUGGUUAUCGGAUGCAACCGAGAUGUCGAGGCUGUGCUCAACGAAUACAAAGCUUUGGGACUCGCUUAA